AUGGUGGAGGAGAAUGGAGGAGGUUUCAUCAGAUGUAAGAUAUUCCAGAAGCCCGAAUCAGCUUCACCUGGAGGGAUGGAGGGCUCACUGAUGGGGACUCAACAGAAGAUUGAGAAGAAGCAGAAGCCACAGACACUACCUAGAGAUCCACAGGAAAUGGAAGAACAGAUUGACAGCACCCAGGCUGCUGAACUUAUGGAGAAAAUAGAGCAGAUGGUGGAGGAGAAUGGAGCUGGUUUCCUCAGCUGUGAGAUAUUCCAGGAGCCAGAAUCAGCUGCACCUGGAGGGAUGGAGGGCUCCCUGAUGGUGACUCAACAGAAGAUGGAGAGGAAGCAGAAGCCACAGGAAAUGAAAGUGGCUAGGGGUGACCCACUGAACUUGGUGUUGUUUGGGAGGAGAGGAGCUGGGAAGACUUCUGCAGUAAACACCAUCCUGGGACAGAGGGAGUCCAGUGUGGAUCCCAGCCCCUCUUCAGUGUGUAAGAGGAGAGAGGGAGAAGUGUGUGGUCACCUGGUUACUGUGGUGGAAAUGGCAGCAGAUGUUACCUAUGAGACUCGACAAUGUGCCUCUCUCUGUGGAUCUGGAGUUCAUGCCUUCCUCCUGGUCACACCAGCUGGUCCCCUCACUGAUGAAGACAAGGCAGAAAUAACAAGAAUUCAGGAGUUAUUUGGCUCAAGAGUCACUGAUUACAUGCUGGUCCUUUUCAUCCAUGGAAGUACAAUUGCUAAACCUGUUCUUAACUUUCCCCAGGGGAGUAAAGAUACCCAGGAGCUUCUAAAGAUGUGUGGCAACAGGUUCUUUGUGUUCAACAAUGAGGACAUUGUGAAUAACACAAUGGUUCCAGAGCUUAUGAAGGCUAUAGAGGAGAUGAAUAAAGCAACAAAAAGCUACUUUUCCCUGGAUAUGUACUGGGAGGCACAGCUGGAGAGGAAGGACCGGAAAAUAAGAGAAUUAGAAGAACGCAUUGAUGGCACAUUACUGGAGACUGAGGUGUGA